AAUAGCUUGUUUGAACAGCAAGCAAGCAAGCAAGCACACUCUACCAAAUUGGUUUCUUUCUUUCUCCAACAUCUCUCACACUAACCACAUACAACGGUUUUAGCGUUCCUACAAACAAACCUAUGCCAUGAUCAAAGUGUGUGUGUGUGUGUGCGGGAGCUUCUUUUGUUACAAGAUUCCAUGGCUUGGCUGUUCUAUCAGUCUUCCAUUCAUUUUUGGUUGGAAUCGGUGAUCUCGGAAAUUUUAGGAUACCGUGGUUUUCCCCUCACAAAAGAUGAUGGAGAUUCACGGUCUCAUCGGAAGAGAAGUAUGGGUGCUUGCAUUUUUGAAGCUUCUAGCACAAUUUCGACAUUUCAUUCUUCCAUGUAUACCAGGGAUUACAUUCAAGAUGACGUUGUGGUCGUCAUCAAAAAGAUCUCCAACAUGCAUUUUGACCAGGAUUUGGAGGAAGGGGCUCUUAAAAAAUUAUUUUUCAUUAGCAAGAGCAUGAAGGCCCCAAAACGGAUUAUUCAAAUCUAGUUCCCCGAGGAUGUACACCCACCGAAGUGGGCCAUCGAAAGAAUCGAAAAGAAUGCAACAAAGAAGGGGUUUGAGAGCUUCAUACCUGCGCAAGACUCAAGUUUAAGGUAUGCCCCUUACAGGGGUAAACGCCUUUAUUUUAGAAGAACGCUUAAUAAAGAUGAUGAAGAAGAUGACGCUAAAGCUAAAGCUAAAGCUACUGAAGAUGAAGUGCGUGAUGAUGAUGAAGAAGAUGACGCUACUAAUGGUGCGUGAGUUGAGUGUGAUGCUUGAUUUCUGUAUGGAUGUAUGGAUCGAAUGUGUUUCAGUGUAACUUUUUUACUUUAAUUAGACGAAAUCUCUGAUAAUUGUUAUAUAUAGAGUGAUGCUGGUAUUAAAUUUGCAAUUAGAAGGCUUGCCAUUGAUGAA